CUGGGUAGGAAAGAUGAGCAAGGUGUCGUUUCGGGCUCGGGCGCUGGACGCCACGAAGCCCAUGCCAGUAUUCCGGGCAGAUGAAAUCCCUGACCUGCCAGAUUUUGCUACCAUCAACAGAUCCGUGCCCCAAAUGCCGACUGGGAUGGAAAAAGAAGAAGAAACGGAGCAUCAUCUGCAAAGGGCGCUGUCUGCACAGCAGGUGUAUGGGACGUCUGAGGCAUUGGUUAUACCGAUUCCUGAGGUUGAAGAUAUCCGUGAAAAGUAUCAACAGUACUAUAAACCGGACUUCAAACUUGGGAAGCAGUAUGUCCAUAUUCAAGCAUUUGGAAUGGAUCAAGAGAUACCGGACUAUGACAUGGACAGUGAUGACGACUCGUGGCUCAAGGAACAGGUUAAGAAGAUGGAGAUAACCCCGCUCAAGUUUGAAGAGAUGAUGGACAGAUUAGAGAAAGGAAGUGGACAACAGGUUGUUACACUACAAGAAGCGAAGCUGCUGUUGAAAGAAGAUGAUGAUCUCAUCAUUUCGGUCUACGAUUAUUGGCUCAACAAACGACUCAAAGUGCAACAAACGUUAAUACCAACUGUAAAGACAGAGAAACGGGAUGGAACGACAACCAAUAAUCCUUACGUUGCGUUCAGGAGGAGAACAGAAAAGAUGCAAACCAGAAAAAAUCGUAAGAAUGAUGAGACGUCGUAUGAGAAGAUGCUGAAACUAAAAAGAGAUCUCAGUCGAGCUGUAACCCUGCUUGAAGUAAUAAAGAGAAGGGAGAAGUCUAAGAAGGAACUGUUGCAGCUUACGAUAGAGAUUUUGGAAAAAAGGUACCAAGGUGGCGACUUCGAAGGCAAACUGUUGGCUGAAGCAGAAGAGGAGCGACACAAACAUCCAUCAUUCAUUCCACCGUUUUACCUGAACCACCAAGGCGAGUGGGUUCAAGGCAUGAAUGGGGAGGAGGUGGUCACUGUACGCAAGAAACGUCCGUACAGGAAGCGAAAACAGCAGCAGCGACAGCAUCAUGACAUACAGCAUCACAUACCAGCACCACACUACGAAGUGGACAUUCUCCAUCAGGAUAUCGAUAGCUCGGACGACGACAUCAUGUCUCCAGGAUUAUCUCCUUCUGAUCACGAAGACGAGAAUGAUCCGGAUGGGCCGUAUGCCUUUAAGAGAAGGAAAAACUGCAGUUACUACACUCCAUUACUUGAUCGUCUUGGAAACUUUGCAUGGACUUCUCCCAAAGAAGGCGGUAUAGGCGACAAAAAAUAUAGGUUUUCUCUCAUGUCACUACCUCCACCAAGAAACUGUGUUGGCUUUGGCCGGAGAAGAAUCGGUCGGGGCGGCAGAGUAAUAAUAGACCGUGGGUUCACGCCGUGGGACGAUUCAUUAGAUCGGUUGGAUCUGACAGACGCAGAAGCACACGGAGACUAUGUUACUUAUAUCAGGGAGAAAAGGAUUCCUCACUUUCGUCCAAGAACACCACCAUCAGACAUUUCCUCACUCAGCGGUUGUCCGUCACCUUUGAGCACUCCAGUUUCAGAGUUUAACUUCGAGAGCUUUCAGUCUCAUCAGGAACAGCUGGCUCAGAUGCAGCGAGAACAACAGGAAAGGUUGCAGGCGUCCGAGCUAGACAUGCCUGUCGAUACUGAAGAGAUGUCUUCUUCAGAAUCAUCACAGUUUUUGUUGGACUCUGCUAGUGCUGAAUUUGCCGUGUCGGCUGUCGUGAAUUCAUCUCAGCUUAAAAGUGUGAAUAUUGGUGCUACUAACUCUCUGACAUCUUCAUCAAAUUCAGCCUCUACAAGUUCAAUUGUUGCGGCAUUAACAUCAAAAAUUAGUGCAACAAAAUUGAAUAUUCCCACACCAACUACGUUGCUGCCAGUGUCGGCACCAGUGUUGCCCACGACAACCACUGCACCAAUGGUCAUACAGUCCACGGUGCAGAAUCCAACGCAAGUGGUUCAUGUACCAACAAAUGGGCCAAAAUCUGGAAACAAAACAACGGGGCUUUCAACUUCACCUGCAGCUAAUGUUUUACAACUUAACUUUCCCAUUUCAAUGUGUUCGUCACUGACGACAUCUCCGGCACCUGUCGCGUCUCUUUCAGCAUCUUCACUGUCAUCCACUUUGUCAUCUAGUCCUGCCAUCACGACACUCCCUCUCACACGAACCAUCGCUACAAACAACAAAAUCAUCUCACCCAAGACGAGCAUACUGAAAUACUCCGCACCAGCUUCUGCCGUGGAUAUUCUCAAACAAACCUGUGAGAAUUCUAGUUCUGUGAACAGUUUCAACAAAGAUAACAAAAUCAUUCCAAUGGACGUCACGUGACCGACUGACCAGGUACGGGUGCAAAACCUCAGGUCAAGGUCGGGUCAUGAUUACACAGCACGUUGUGAUAGCUCCAGCAGCCACGUGAUCGAACCAUUCCACAUUAGCGCCUCGACACGUUGCCAUGGACGACCAGUCCUUGCAGCACGUCGUCUGCGGGCCGAAGAGUGAACUCAAGGACGAGGGGGGUGACCAUGUAUUAUUCAUGUCGGUUUGCCAUUAGGAUAAAAUAUGAAUUGAAAUACGGAACAAAGGCUAUUGAGGAAAACUCAUAGAAUUGGUGUCCGUGUGGAUACAUUAUUAGUGUUUGCAACUGUUUGCUUCUUAUGGUUGCAUCUGUUUAGAAUAGUGGAGGAAGGCAGUGCAUUCUUUUACUGGUAACACAAGUAGGCUAUGGAGUGUGAGUGUUUGUGUGUGUUGGAACAAAUUUACCAAUGCCGUUCUUGGGUGAAGGUAUCGGGGCUUCUAGAAUUUUUAUAAAAUCCACUAGCCAUGGGAUCAGUGAUUUUAAAAAUUUACUAGCCAUGAUUAAAAAUUCAUUAGCCCUACUUUAAGUUUAUACAAUUUUACUAAAUAAUAGUCAAAAUUGGAUAUGUCGUCUAAAGUGAGAAAUAUAGCUUAAAAACAUUUGACACAAAAAAUUAACUAGCUGUCUGGCAUGGCAAUAGUAGUUAUUUACUAGCCCAACAUUGAAUAUCACUAGCCAUGGGAGUGGAGCUACCAUAAUCUAGAAGCCCUGACGUAUUACUGGAGUGCUGACAGAAUUUCAUUGUCAGUCAUCGGGUAUAAUCAAUUUGCACCAGCCCAUCAACUUCUGAUCACACAGUUUGUUAGAAUAUAUAUCAACUUGGCAGGGCUUACAUUGGAAAUAAGUUUAUUUGAGCCAAGUUUCAUAUCUUAAAAAAUUAUUCAAAAGUGGUUCAUUUUAAAGAAAACUUUACUAGUGAAUACAAAAUAAUGCAGCCACUUUGCAUGAAAAUUAGCGAAUGAUCCAAUUUGGCAGUUGACAGGGUGAGCCUUGAUUUUUAUUAGGAUCUUGCUUUUUGUCGUUUUCACCAUAGUGGAGCCUACAAAUUUCACUAAUGUUAUAUUUACAUGCACAUGGAAGUAAAAUUGAAACACAUUUUUUCAUUUUACUAGCAGUGCUUUUGCCUGAGCAUACAGAGUUGGUGAAAUUUUUGGAUUAGAUGCUAUGGAAUUGAAUGCAACCAAUCGACAUGGGGUAUGUGGGGCCUCCCUCAAGAAGAAAAUGGGUUACGUUUAAGGGUUAGGGUUAAGAAAAUCAUGCAGUAAUGAUGAGAGUAAUUAAUAUAUCACACGGUUAACUUGAAAAAAAAAAAAAAAAAAAUUGGCGCCAUACUAAUUUUACCUUCUGGCAGAAACCCUCGGAGGGUAAAAUUAUGUGCCAUAGAAAUCUUGGAAAUAAAUGGAUUUAUUUUUAUAAUUUUUAGAUUGAUUAUAGUAUGAGUUCACCAUAGUGGAGCUUACAAAUUUCGCUAAUUUUAUCUUUAUGUGCACAUGGAAGUAAAUCCGAACUGCAUCACAGUUCAUAUGUAUUUCGUUUGGGUCCUAUUAUUAUUACUUUUUUAUUUUUAUUAUUUCUUUAAAUUUUGAUAGCAGUGUUUUUGCCAGAGGGUAAAAUUAUGUACCCUAAAAUGUUAAAAAAAAAAUAAUGGAUAUAUUUUUAUAAUUUUUUAGAUAGAUUAUAGUGAAAGAAAUGCAAUUUAAAUUUUUCCAUUUUAAAAAUUAUUUAAACACACAACCACCUAGUUGGGGCACUUAUGAUCUGAUUUUUUAUUACAUACCCUAAAAUGUUCUGGCAGAAAUUCUUUACUAAACACUAUGUAACUCUAUGUUAACAUAAGUAGUUCUUAAUCACAUUCUUAUUACACUUAAUAUAGAAUUUUGUAUACAUUUUUUACAAAUUUGUCGCCCAUGUUGUCGGUAUACAUUAGUACCUCACCCAAGAGCAACUAUGUUUAAGAUGGUUAUUGCAAAGAACAAAAAGUACUGUUAUUGUUUUGUUUAGUGGUUUACAUGUAUAAUUGUUUAAUGUACACCAGCUGACUACAGCUCAUAAGUCCAUCUAGUAUAUUGUAAUGUGAUCUUUUACACUUGUUAAUAUUAAAACAAAAACGGUAUUUGUGAUAUAAGAAAAGAAAAAAAACCCUUUAAAUAUAGAAUGACUACACGGUUCUUUCAACAUCGAUUUGAACAAGUAAUCCAUGUAGAGGCUUCAAUGGUCAUAUUUAAUUGUAAAAUAACAAAACCCAUUCUAAACAAGAUGUAAUCCCCCUCCCUCCUCCCAAUAAAAAAACUAAAACAAAAAAUCUUACAUUUUUAACCUCACUAAUUGAGCUUUUUCAGGUGGGUGAUUUAAAAAAAAAAAAAAAAUAUUUUCUUUUUUGUAACAUAAGCUUGCACUUAUCUUUUCAUUAUUUUAAUCGCAAAAUUAUGCGUAAUGGUGUGUAUAAAGUAAAACUAUUCAAUAAGCAAAAAAUUAGUAACUAAUAAUAGUGGAAAUGUUUGAUAUUUUCAAAUUUAAUACAAAUAUAUUAACUGAUCUCUUUUCUUUCUUUUUUUUGUCUUCUUUUUUUGACAAGUGUUAACUUUUGCCCUACCUGCAAAAGGAGAUUUAAUACAGGUUAGAAAAGAAGACUGCCGUGUUAUGAAGUAGAAGUUCAUUUUUGUGCCAAAUUAGUUUGCCUCCGUUCAUAUUCAGUAUUUUUAACAGUCGAUUAGACCCUGUAAUCCUAUAGAUUCACACAAAUUAAAAUGUUGGUUUGAAUUUAAUAGCAAAAUAGCUUUAAAAUAUUUAUUCCUUGUCUUUUGUUAGAUUUCUGCAAGUUUGACUCAUUUUUAAUUCUUCAAAAGCAUACAUUUGAAUUUUAUAUAUUUAAUAAAGAUUUUUUUUAAAAUAAUUAUACAUUCCUAUUUACAGUGGAUACAUUUAACAUCAGGCCUUUGAAAAUUGCAAGCACGAUCAUUCUGUUUGCGUGUUGUUCACGCAAAUCUAAUUUUGCAUAACCUAUUUUUUGUUCGCACAAAAUUUGGAGCACCAUUUACUUGGAUAUAACAAGUUGGGCAAAAACGAAAUGGGUCACCUUGAUUUACUUUGAGUAACAGAUAAAUGGGUCGCGCACAUUUUCAAUUCUCACAGGCCUGAACAUGGAAAAAGCUGGUAAAGAAAUCUAAUUAAAGAUUGUAAAAACCAUACAUGGACUAGUUUCACAUCCAUAACUAGCUCAUUUUAUUUUUAAAUGUGACUUGAAUACAUUUUGGGGGAGGGGGGGUAUUGGGGGAUUGUUUUCUUUUUUCUUUUUUUGUGUUUACAGUGUGGGUGCAGUGAUUGUUUUUUAAUCCCAGUAAAAGGUGAUCAAAAUUCGUAAGCUGUGGUGGGUUUUUUUUUUGUUGGGGUUUUUUUUCUCAAAUUUUUUAUAAUGUAUAUUCACUGAGUUGAACUAGAAUUUGACAACAAGAAUCUUAAAGAAUACUUUCUGCUGUGUAUGAAGUGAAUUUCAGUGUGAACAUUUGAAAAUGUACAUUUACUGUGUGUGUCCUUUGUUUACUGUUCUAUUAAUAGUAUUCAAUGGUAAAACAACACUGAAAGCACUCCACUAAAAACAAAUGGUGGAAAGACGGAAAAGGAGACCCGUAAUGAUGUUGUAGUUGUGAAACUUGCUGUUAACCUGAUAGAAAACGUAAUUGUAUGUUACUGUGGUUGAGAUAAUUUUGCGUGCUGUUGUAGAAGAAAAGUUUCAAAAAUUAUUAACAAAAUAUUGUUAAGACACGUCUGUCUGUAUGUAUGUAUGUAUGUAUGUCUGGACUUGUAAAACACCUUAGCAUGGGAUAUGAAUUAUGGUACAUUUUGAAUUGAAUGUGACGAAAUGAUUGAAUUCUAUAUAAAUGAGUGAGUGUAUAAAGUGCUCCUAUUGGCGAUCACUGUUCUGAAUUGCCCUAUUACCAAUGAUUCAAUGCUUACUCUGGCACUUGCUAAAUUCACCUAUUGCCAAUUUCGAAAACAAUUGGAAAAUUUUAUUUUAAUUUGGCAAAAUAAUUUUGUAUAAAAAUUAAUAUUUUGUUACAAAAUAACUUUUUUUUUUUUUUGAAGUGUAAUAGAUAAUU